AUCGUUACUACAUUUAUUGUACCAAGCUUUUGCACCGUUGACAGAGUGGAUAGAAGUAUUCGUAGUUGAAAAAGCAUUUCUUAUCGGCUGACCCGAGCUGCCCCAUCUUAGCGCCAGGUCGCAACGAAAAUUACAAAUAUUGAAGAUCCCCUUCAACAAUAACUUUACAACAUCGGAGUACGUAUAUAAGCAUAUUGGUUCGUUUAUCGCAAAUGAGAUAAAUGUUUGAUGAUCUUUGCUCUAUAACUUGGGAAAGCUGGUUCAAGAAUUUGCAAGAUUCAGUCCGAGUGUAGAAAUUGCGAAGAGAAGCCAUAGGUCUUCUAUUCGUUAUUUUGUGAGACUUAAUAAAAGCUUGUUCGAAUAUAUUGUCAAAAGUAGAUUUUCUUAAUUGGCAUCUUAAAAAACCGUGCAAGGAUGUACAGCUGUGCUCGUGUGGAAAUGAAGUGAUGCUGUACCAACUGUAUCGAGUUUUAAAGAGCACUGGCCGAUGUUUCAUGGAUUCCGAGUUUACGAUUGUAGCCCCUGAAGCUAGCGCAUAUACGACCUGCACCACGUACCUGAAUCAAGCCCCGAGGAAGAGGAAUCCUAGUGUGAGACAACAUUCGUGUCUUAGGAAGGAAAGUUUAACGAAGAAAAUUACCGGUCAAGCAUGGCCCUCGAUUUUGCCGCUGGUUGUGUGGGAGGAUGCGCGGGUAUUAUGGUGGGAUAUCCUUUGGAUACGAUCAAGGUCCACAUCCAGACGCAAGAUUAUCGAAAUCCAAAGUACAGAGGGACCUGGCACUGCUUUCGAACGAUCCUUGCAAAGGAAUCGAUAGCAGGUUUCUAUCGAGGGAUGUCAUCUCCCAUGGCAGGUGUCGCUGUGAUAAACGCCAUUGUUUUUGGUAUAUAUGGACACACUCAUCGAAAUAGUUCAAAUCCGGAGGCACUGUACUCACACUUCCUGGCUGGGGCUUCGGCUGGAAUUGCACAGACGCCUAUCUGUAGUCCCAUGGAAUUGGCGAAGACGCGGUUGCAGCUGCAAUCGUCAACUGGAACUCAAUUUGUUGGUCCACUGCAUGUCCUGAAACAUAUUUACAGAACUGAAGGUUUCCGUGGGAUAUUUAAUGGACUGGGAAUUACUUUGCUCAGAGAAGCACCCAGUUAUGGUAUUUAUUUCUUCACUUACGAGGCUCUCACGAGGAAUGAAUUGUCCGCGCCCACUUCGACGCUUACAAUGCUUAUGGCGGGCGGAUUGGCAGGAACUGCAUCGUGGGUCGUGUCUUACCCUCUUGAUGUGAUCAAGUCCAGACUUCAGGCUGCGCCUAGUAGUCGAUACGCAAAUGCGUUAGACUGCUAUCGGCAAUCCAUCCAAGCAGAAGGCUAUGCAUGCUUGUUUAGAGGAUUGAAUUCAACUAUAAUUCGAGCAUUUCCUACCAACGCUGCUACAUUUGCGGCAGUUACUUGGACGUUUCGAUUAUUUGGACAAAAUCAGGUUGAGGUCGAUGCACCUCAGCCAGAGGCUAAGGAGAUCAUUGUUAAUCAGAAUAGAGGGGCGAGUAAGGAUGAGAGGUUUCUUAAAAAGUGGAAUUCCUUGCUGGAUAAUAUUUGGAGCAAUGGUCAAUAUGCAAAAACUUGCUCCACGUUGUCAAUGGGCGUCUUUGAUAAUUCGAUUGUAGGUACAUCAGCAUUGAAUUACAGGAAGGAACGAAGCGAUAACGAGAUCAAAGACGAUAAAGACCAACUGAGUUUAACGAGGGUUAAAGUGAUCAACGAAGACGAUGAGAAUGAGCAAGCGAAUUCUGAAGAGGAUGUAGACUUCGAAUCGGAGCCGGAAGUCUUGGCGAUCCAGGAUAUCGAAGAGUCGAGAAACCUUGAUAAAAAUCGAUGAAGGGAUUCAGUAAUACGAUCUAGGAGUGAUUUCCAGAUGGGUAUAGAAUCGCGCUUUCGUGACCCAUGAAAACGUGUAAGGAGGUUUUUGGUGGUGACGAGAACAUCAGUAGCGCUUAAUGUGAGGAUUGUGAGUCUGUCGUAUGAACAACAGUGCGAAUGCUACAGUCACAGGUACCGAAAAUCAUCGCAAACGAAGUGCAAAGUAAAGCAACGAGAGAAGUUUGAUUAACAAAGAAAGAUAUUCUAAUAAGAUUUCAGUGCCUGAAUCGAUACUCAGUUUUGCUUUACGUCGAGUGAUAUUAUUAGUGCGCUAGGUAUACUUGCCAAUUCAGCAAGUCUUAUUGAUUUUGUACAAUAAAAUAUAUAAAUAUAUACUCUUUUGUAAUUUA